AACCGGUUUCCCAAGUGGCCAACGAACAGAGUGGAAAAGGUUAAUUUUCGCUCCCGCAGACCUGAACAAUACCGGUUUCCCCGCAACCCCUUCCGCCGCGAGCAGGGCGAAAGCCGCGAAACUGCCUCCCCAAAUCGAACCAAUUCUCCACCCGCUCCACCAGUUUCCCCUACCCCGAUCGCAAUGCCUCCCCGGGGUCAACCCCAACGUUCGCCGUGACCCGCACCGGAGAGAUCUCGCGCGCUGAGACCGUGGCGCCGCGCAGCUGUGCUGUCUCACGCGCACCCACCCACCCCUCCAGUCCUCCACGCGCCCGAUAAGACCGCGGCGCGCGGCCACCCCGCACCGACGCCCUGGAGCCAGCGCAGCAGGAGGCGGUCAAGCCGUCCCGGACCAACGGCCGCAUCCGCUACCGCUCGCCCUCGGCGACCGAUCUGCUCCCCGCCGACGACCUCGCAGCCGCCCCCUCCGAUGCGGACGCCGCGGCGGCCUCGGCGGCGGCCGCCAGGAUACGGCGAUACUCAGCCGCAGGCGCGCGGCAGCAGCAGCAGACGGAGGCCGUGGCCGACCGCGUGCACCGCUACCGCGGGGUGCUGAUGGUGGUGCUCGCGCCGGUGCUCCUUAUCUCGUUCGUGCUGCUUCUCAUGCAGCACACGCCGGCCUCCGCCUCAGGGGGUGGGCUCCUCGCUGGCGGCCGGAGGUGGGGGCCCCGGGCCGUUGACGACGGAUCGACCAAGUACGCGGUGGUAUUUGACGCCGGCAGCUCCGGUAGCCGCGUGCACGUGUAUUGCUUCGACGGGAACCUGGAUCUGGUGCCUAUAGGCAAGGAGAUCGAGCUGUUCAAGCAGAAAAAACCAGGCCUGAGCGCUUAUGCGAAGGAUCCACAGGAGGCUGCUGAAUCACUUGUUUCUCUUCUAGAGGAAGCUGAAAAAGUAGUUCCAGUAGAGUUGCGUGAGCAAACACCUGUCAGGGUUGGGGCCACUGCAGGUCUCAGAGCAUUAGGAACUGAAAGGUCCGAAGAAAUUUUGCAAGCGGUUAGGGAUCUACUUCGUGACAAGAGUUCUUUCAAAUCACAACCAGAUUGGGUCACUGUUCUAGAUGGAUCUCAGGAAGGUGCAUUCCAGUGGGUUACCAUCAAUUAUGUUUUGGGAAAAUUAGGAAAGCCAUACUCAAAUACAGUUGGAGUUGUUGAUUUAGGAGGUGGUUCAGUCCAAAUGGCUUAUGCUAUCUCGGAGAAAGAUGCAGCAAAGGCACCUGAAGUGGCAGAUGGUGAAGAUUCAUAUGUGAAGAAGCUGCUACUUAAAGGAACCACAUACUAUCUUUAUGUUCACAGUUAUUUGCAUUAUGGUUUGCUGGCGGCUAGAGCAGAGAUCUUAAAAGCCAGUGAAGGCAAUGAUUACAACAACUGUAUGUUGGAGGGACAUCAUGGUAUGGUUGCUUGCUUCUUUAAUCAUCUAGGGAAAUACAAAUAUGGUGAUGAUACAUUUGAAGCAUCAGGUUCAUCUUCUGGUGCUAGUUAUUCCAAGUGCAGGGCUCUUGCAGUGAGAGCUCUUAAAGUUGAUGAACCAGCAUGUACUCACAUGAAAUGCACAUUUAGCGGUGUGUGGAACGGUGGUGGUGGAGAUGGACAAAAGAAUCUCUUUGUAGCAUCAUUUUUCUUUGAUAGGGCUGCCGAGGCUGGUUUUGUGAACCCAAAAGCAGCAGUUGCUAAGGUUAAACCCUCAGAUUUUGAAGAAGCUGCACGACGUGUUUGUAAAUUGAAUGUGAAGGAUGCACAGGCAACCUACCCCGAUGUCUCUGAGGAGAACAUUCCAUACCUUUGCAUAGAUCUUGUCUACCAGUACACAUUACUCGUCGAUGGAUUUGGUGUGGAUCCUUAUCAAGACAUUACCUUGGUAAAGAAAAUACCUUAUAGCAAUUCGUUUGUCGAAGCAGCAUGGCCCCUUGGUAGUGCCCUUGAGGUUGCAUCUUCAUCAUAGGCUGAAACAGAUUGGCAGUAACUUAUUUUAAAAAAAGAUCUCUCAACAUUAUAGUUUUGGCUUAGUUUACUGAUCUGGAGUAGGGAGUUUAGAUCCCGAGUUUGAUGCUAGGGUUUUUCCUUGAUUCACCAUUUGUUCUCCAUUUUUCAUUCUAUUUGUUUAGCUUCAUACAUAUUAAUGUAUACAUGAGGAGUAUAGAUUGGAGUUGUUCUGUGC